UCGCCAAAGCGUUGCUUCUUUCCAUUUCUUUUCACACUACCAUUGACAAAGAGAAUGAAUCAUUAUGUUUCUGUGCUUCUUUCAUUUCUCAUCAUCGCAUUGGUGUAUCGCAAGCUGUUCUGGCAUACUGUCGCGCGCGCCUCAAUCACCUAUGUACCAGGUCCAGCUGUGUCGUCCAAGGGAAUCCUAGGAAACUUCUGGGAAUAUUAUCACUAUGGCGUUUGUGAAUUUGUGUUCAAAUGGCAAGAACAGUACGGCGCGGAGUAUCAGUUUAAAGCCGUUUUCGGGAAAGAUCGUCUGCUUAUUUCUAAUCCCAAGGUACAAAGUGGCGCAAACCAGAGAUUCGCCGCGAAUUUGGCCGCAUUUACUUGGGAAGAGGGAUAGCAUGGGCUCAAGGUGAGUGUUCACUUGUAUUGUUGGACUGAUGUAUAUAGACGACGACCAUAAGAGACACAGGAAGCUUCUCACGCCAGCGUUUGGCAAUCUUGAAA